UCCAACUGUAUCACUACUCGCCUCGCCUCCAUUCCUCUCUCUCUCUCUCUCACAGACACACACACGCACAAGAAUGGGAGUAGAGGAGAGCACAGUAGAACAGCCGUCCCAAGAUAGCAUCGAAGCGUUGCUUGAGGCUGCUAGAUAUGAUGAUAUUGAUGAUGUCAAGAGCAUCGCAUCUACUGGUGUUUCUCUAGAUUCGGAGGACUCACAAGGCCGCACAGCACUACACAUGGCAUCAGCAAAUGGGCAUGUUCACAUUGUUGACUAUCUUAUCAACAAUGGAGUGAAUGUUAACGCCUGUAACAUGGAGAAGAAUACACCUCUUCAUUGGGCUUGUCUCAAUGGCCAAAUUGAGGUUGUGAAACGUCUGAUUCUUGCUGGAGGCAACAUCUCAUUGCUGAACAGCCAUGAGAGAACUCCCAUGGAUGAGGCAAUCAGUAGGGGGAAUAUGGAUGUCGUUGAUGCCAUUAAUGAAGCAGCAGCGCAGGUUCAACUCACAGGAACAACAGUUUCAUAGUCCUAUACGUCUGUUUGAAAUAUCACGUUGAUCUGUACUCAAGUUUCCCCCAUCUUAGGGGAAAAUAGUCAACUACUGGGAUGAAGUUCUCUUUUCUUUAAGUCAAAAAUCCAUCUGGAGAUUUCUCCUGUUCUAGAGUUGAGUAUGAUAACCGUCAGACACGGUUUUAUUGCAGAAGUCGGGAUCGCAUUAGAUCAGAUGUUUACUCCACAACUUUAUCAUGGGAAUGGCAGUUCAUUGGCCUUUUUAACAUGUGUAUCCCUUAGAAAUAAGGGUAAAUUAUUACAUCGAUAUCCCUUGAGAUUAAACUUAA